UACCAAGUCGCACAUCGCCCAGAACCCAAAACCAAGUGCGCAAACAAACUUCAACGAGAAACCCGCACCUACCAAUACCCCCGCCCCCGCCUCCGAGAUCACCCUUCAAAAGAAAAUUAAAAUGACAACCCCAACCCCAACCCCAAGCUCCUCGCGACACCGAUCCCGCCAUGCAAGCAGCAGCGUCCAGCGCCUAAGCCAAAGGCCCCGAGCCUCAACACCCCCACUCCCAGACUACGAAGCGCCCAUCGCACCCCUCCACAGCGCAGCACAAAUCAAGCUCCUAUCUCUCCUUAAAUCGCAGUCGCUGCGACCGUUGAAGACGCAUCUCCAGCACGCGGAGGAGAAGCUCACCGAUUCUGCUGGGGAGGUUAAUGAGCGGCUUACUGAUGCACGGGUGCGGCUGCAGCGGUUGAAGGAGCGGAGGGGGGAGAGGGAGAAUUUUAAUGAAGGUGAGGAGGAUGGGGCACAGCAGCAGGAUGAUGAGGAAUGGGAGGAAAAUUUGAGGGAGCUGGAGGAGAAGGUCGGGGGUGUUACGGAGCGGUUGGAGGCGCGGAUGCGCGGCACGAUUGAUGGGGAGGUUAGGGUUGAUAGGUUGAUUGGGGUGCUUGGGACGGUUGAGAGGGAGGUUGAGCAGGAGAAUAAUGCUGGGAGGAAUAUGAGGAGGAGGACUAGACGUCGGGGUGGGGAGGAGGAGGAGGAGGAGGAGGAUAACGAUGAGGAUGAGGAUUAUGAGGAGGCGGAGGAGAGGGGUAGGGAAAGUGUGCCGCCGACGAGGAGGUUGGAUGAGCUACUUGGGGAGAAUUAUGCAGGGUGGGAUAGGCUUUCGUUGACGGAACGGUACUCGACCAACAAUGCCUACAUUGGGUUCUAUCGAAUUAUUCACGAAGCGAAACACCCCGGCGAAGAUAUCCCUCCACUACCGCACGCAUCAACGUGGUUCUCACAUCUGGAAGAUCCAGCUACGGCUUCGGCGCAAGCGCCCGAUUCUUCGGCCCGGCGGACGCGUCGUCGGAGAUCUCCUUCUCCGGCGGACUCAGAUGAGAUCGCCAUCGAGAGCGAGCGCAUAUCGCUCAAAUGCCCUCUAACUCUACUUUACUUCCGGGAACCUGUGACAAGUACCAAAUGUCCGCAUAGCUUUGAACGCGAAGCGAUUGAAGAUAUGAUUGCGCAUAGUUCGACGACUGUUCCCGCGCCCCAGCCGGCGGGAGCCGCCGGCCGUAGCGCGCGUCGUGUUCGCUCGGUCAAGUGUCCGGUGUGCUCAGUUGUCUUGACUGCGGCUGAUCUCCGGACGGAUCCUGUUUUGCUUAGGAGGCUGCGCCGCUAUGAAGCGGCGUUGAGACGGGAAGCGGAAGAUGAUGAGUUAUCCGAUGGGGCGCGGAGAAGACAGUCUGGGGCUAGGAAAAGCGGGAUCACUCUCGUUGACGAUGAUGGGACGGAGGACGGUAAAGAGAUGGAUGUGGAUGAUUCGGACUCGGAUGAUAGGCAGGAUGCAGAAAGUUUCCGCAGCCAAGAUCAUGUACGGAUCAAACAGGAGAUGAGUACAGCUCCUGUCGAUGAUGAUUAGUUGAUGAGCAUUUCGAAUUAUAUCUCUGUAAGUUCAAUAGAUACCUGACGGCGUUGCUCGGGCUUCAAACAAGAUUAUUCUAGCUUGUUAGGCAACCCAUCUCUUCUGAAAAUCAAUAUUAUUGAUUGAUCCGUGAUUAACCAUGCCUCUCAAUCGGGACACGGGAACUGCUUCCUAGAUUACAUACAACGCCCGUCGUGAAAGCUGGAGCAUGAGCCAUGAUCCCGGUAUGUGCCACGAAAGUUGACAUGAAAUAACAGAAAACUAAGUAAACUCCCCGUGCGCCCCCAGUAAACAAUACAAACACCAGAAGAAGAAGGAAGGUUACGAAGAAAAAAAAUCAGGACCGCACUAACAGGGGUAUUUUCCAAGGGACGAUUGUUCUGCCUUGAGUCGUCAUGG